GCUUGAUCUUUCCAGUCGCACCAGUACAACUCGCACACUUCUUUUCAUUUAUAGCGUUCGACGUACCUAGGCUUAUAUCUAAUUAUGUCAGUCACUCUUCACACCACACAUGGGGACCUCAAGGUCGAGAUAUUCUGCGAGGCAGUUCCUCAGACAGCAGAGAACUUCAUCGCCCUCUGUGCCUCCGGCGCAUACAACGACACUCCCUUCCACCGUCUCGUCCCUGGCUUCAUGAUUCAAGGCGGCGAUAUCUCUCUUGGUCCGGCUCCAGCCUCUCUCUCAACUUUACAUCCCAUCCUCCCCGUGUCGGAAAUCCCCAAAGGCGGCACAUCAAUCUACCACCCCUCGGCCUUGAAUCAAGAAAUCCACCUCCCGACCCUCCGGCAUAACGCGCGCGGUAUCCUCUCUAUGGCUGCGCGACCCGUGAAGGACCGCACUGCUCCCGGCUCGCAGAACGCGACUGGCGCCACCGUCAAUGGGAGCCAGUUCUUCAUCACGUUCGCGGCGGCGCCACAUCUAGAUGGAGAAAGUACGGUGUUUGGAAAAGUGCUGAAUCUGACGGCGCAAGAUGAGGGUGGAGACGUUCUGUCGAAGCUGGAGAAGGCGAAUGUGAAGAUUGAUAAGAAGGGGAGGGUCGUGCAGCCGAAGGAUGGACAGGAGGGUGGGGAGUAUGAGACGUUGAAGUUGAAGAGCGUGACGAUUCAUGCGAACCCGUUCGCAAAGUGAAGAGAAUCGGCUGGGAUAUCUGAUGGAAAAGGUGGGCAGAUCUGCUAUACUCCCUUGAUGGGGAUUUGGGAGAUAGGAUAUGUCCUAUUCCGAUACGUCCUACUUCGAUCUGAGGCAUGAUGACCG